CCUGAAGCUCUCAUAGAUGCGUUUUUGAAUUUUGAAUUAGGUUGUACGAAAAUAAAAAUAAGAAAUAAAUAUAAUAUGAGAUGAAAAUAAGAAAAUAAUAUUUUUCAAAAAAGUAAGAAACAGAAACGUGAAGAAAUGUGUAAGUAAAAAAUUUUAAAUUUUUUUUAUAAAUAUAAUUUUUAAUAUAAAAAUAAUUAUUCAAUCUAAAAAUAAACUUGGUUAGAGAUAGAAUUUUUUUCUAUUUUGUCUCUUAACCUUUUUGUCCAUGAGAACUUGUUUUUGCUAUUUUUUUAAUAUUACAAAAUGAUCAAUAAUCAUUUUUUAAAUUAUAGACACAACCUAGAAACCUUUUUUUGGUACUUCUUAAUAUUUUGAUAUAAAAAACGUUUCAAAAAUGUUAAAAUGGUACACUCAGAGAGUUUUCGUGCAUCAUAAGGUUUGAGUAAUCAAAAACAUAAAGGUAUAAGAUUUAGAGAUAUUUCUUAUACAUGUCUAAAAAGCAUUGGCCCCGUUUGUUGUAGCUUAAUUAAAGAAAUUAUAACUUAUAGCUUCUUAGAUUAUAGUUUCUAAAACUUAGAAUAAGUUGUGAACUUAUUUGUUACAGCUUCUUAGAAGUUGUAGUUAAAUAGUUAUGGUGUUUGAUACCAUAAGUUGUAAAAUAACUUAUUUUUGUAUAAUUGUCCAUAAUACCCUUAGUAGUUAUAGAAUGAUAAUUUAAAAAUUAAUUAGUGCAUAUAUAUAAGUUUCAAGUAUUAUAAAAAAAUUAAUUAAAGUAUAGAGAGAGAGAAAGAUGACGAGAGAGAUGAAGAGAUUUGAAAAUGGAGAUAGCGGUGGAGAAGAAAAAUCCAUGAUUGCGUAGACAAGAGGGUAAUUCUUUGUUAAAAAUAGGGACAAAAUUGUCAUAAAAAUGUAAUUAUUUAAGCAAAAGUUAUAAAAGCUGGGGUACCCCAGCUUUGAAAAAAAUUAGCUUCUAUCCCUUCUAAAAGCUAGUAUAAGCUAUAAGUUAGAAUUCUAUAAGUUAAAACAAACACUACAUCCUAACUUUUUUGAAGUUAGAAACUAGAAAUUGCAGUUUUUAAGUUGCAACAAACAGUGCCAUUGUCACCAACUAAGAAAUCCAAUAGUCAGCCAUUGAUAAUGCCAAUCAUCGUUGAUCUAUUCCAUAUUUUGACCAAUCAACUAACAUCAACUAUUUUGUAUUAACGGUGAUAUUUAGCUUAAACUUGAAUAAGCUCAAUAAAGAUUUCAUUCGUUCAAAUUUUUUAUAUACAAAAAUAUCUCGGGGGCAUCGUUUCAAAACUUAUAAAAAGGCACACAAAAAAAUAUUUUCAAGUUAUUUUUAUAAUCUUAAAAACAUUUCAAGAUUAUUUCGUAAUAUUAAGAAAAUAUCAAAGAUGUAAUUCUGUUCACGAAAAGGUAUUCAAAACUUUUAAUUAUUUCAAAUUUUAGUUUUGAAAUUUGUUUGAAUGUAUUAUGAAAUUUAUGUUUAUUUUUAAAUUUAAUAAUUAUUUUUUAUAAUUUUUUAUAUUAAAAAUUAUAUUUACAAAGAGACAUUUUCUUCUUGCAUGAAAAUAUUUGAGCUACGAGUAUUGCAGUAUUUCUUAUCUUCUUCCAUGAAAAUAGAAUUAUGGCAAUUUAUCAUCCCAAAAUAUUAUUUGAGCACUUAAAUAUGACAUUUUUAAAGCCAAACUCAUAUUUCGGUACAUAUAUUUUUAUAUUUUUUUCUAUGAUUACUUAAAUUUUUUAUUAUUUCAAUUACAUUUAUUAACUUACAUUCUCGAGUCAAUUCAACUUCUGAACUUUAACCUUUUUUUUUUUAUAUAACGACUUAAAUUUUUUAUUAUUUCGAUUACUUUCAUGUACUUAUAUUUUUAAGUUAAUAUAAUCUCUAUAUUUUGAUGUGUAAAAAAAAAAAAAAGUAAGAUGAAUAAAUUUAAUUUUUUUUAUACAUUAAAGUAUAAGAUUAAAUUAACUAAAAAAUACAAAUACAGAGAUAUAAAUAAAACAACAAAAGUUUAGAUAAUCACACAAAAAAAAUAAAAAUAAAAAUAUAAAAAUAUGAGUUUAACCAUAUUUUUUUAUGACAUUCAUAUAUUAAUAUGUUAUUUAUUUAUAUUAAUAUAACAUAAAAUAUAAUACAUUCACUACAAAUGUUAGACGUGAGUGUCUAAUUAACAUUUUCGUCUGUCCUGCAAUGUAAAUUAAACUCAAAUGAUUGCAGCCUCAUCAAAUCAAAGCUAUUGCUUUUCAUUUUCCUGCUGGCAUCUCUUGCUCUUAUCAUUUCAUCCACAUUCUGGACCAACCAACAGCACCCAACCUAAAGCAGUUAUAACCGACAACCCAUAAAAAAAAUUAAAAAAAAAAAAAACCCUAAAAAAAACUUUAGUUUAUGCAGCUCAAAAUGAUAGCUGCCUUCAGAUGGUCAUCGCAUUGUGCAUUCAGCUUUGUGAUAUUGGGAUCGAAUCUUGCAUUAUGAGGCUGUUUGAAGGACUAUGUUGCGUUCAGAGGUGCACUCACCAAUCCAAGGAUCCAGCAAUUCAGAGUGGGGGUGGGCUGAAAAAUAUUGAACUGAGCUGAAUCAAAAAUUGGGCUGAGUUAUUAUUAAAAAAUCAAAUUUUUUACAUUCAAAAUUUAAAUUUUAUUAUAAAUUGUCCUGAAUUUCACUCAAAGACAGCUCACAUAUAAAUUCGCCUCUAAUUACACUACGGUCAAGGUCAUGCCUCCCGUCAUUGGCAAUGAUCUGCCUAGUUUGUGUGUGAGAGGUGUCAUGCAUAGACCCGUGAGGUUCAAACACCCCGGGCUCUUCCACGAUUCCCCAUCUCUCACGUCGCUUUAAUUAAGUGAUUUAAUAUGGUAGAGAAAUAGCCAUAAAUGUCUUUUUCAUUCAUAAUUAUUGAAUUAUGAUAAUCUUAUGAGACUCACUUUAUUGAUCGGUUUAAGUUAAGUUUCGUGUCUUUCUCAUGGGAUCCUUUCCUAGUGCCUCAAGUGUGUGUAGUUUCUCUCCUUCGGCCCAUAUGACUCAAUCCUCAAACAAAUAAAAGUUUAAACGUCCCAAAAUCAUAGGGGACCCAACAGACAUUCCAAUAGAAUAGAAAGAGGAAAGCCUUUGCCUUCAAGCCAAUCCAACCACGCAAUAAUCUCCAAUGCCCCCUUCCCUCUUCUCUCUCUCUCUCUCUCUCUCUCUGUAUGUAUGUAUGUACGUACGUAUGUGUAUAUAUAUAUAUAUAUAUUACACAUAUAUGUUGUGACACUGCAAGCGUAUAGAACCAUCAAUUCUCACAUCUUCAUCAGUCCUAAUCCUCUCUCUCUCUCUGUUUCUCUCUCUGUGACAACAAUGGGAAAUGGGUUUUGCAUUUCGGGCAGCUGCUUCGUGUACAUUGUUUAUAUAUUUGUAGCUAAUUCAUGUUUUGCUGAGUGCUCAAACCUUGCCACAUUACUGGAGCAUGGUGAGAAGCAAAGCCGACCAUCAUCGGGGUCUGGAAGAAGCUGAGAUCUCUUCCAUGGAACCUGGGUCUAUGACCAAACCUACCCUCUUGACAGCUCCUCAAUCUGCCCCUUCAUUGAGCAGCAAUUCGAUUGCCGUGGCAAUGGCCGCCCGGAUCAACUCUAUCUCAAGUAUAAAUGGAAGCCCACUGCCUGUGAUUUGCCAAAAUUCAAUGGCCAGGAUUUCUUGAGGAGGUUCAAGGACAAGAAAAUAAUGUUCGUUGGGGACUCCCUAAGCUUGAAUCAAUGGCAGUCGCUAACGUGCAUGUUGCAUGGUGCAGUUCCCCAAUCAAACUUCACCAUUCAGCGCCAAGGCGAGGUUCUCUCCAUUUUCACCUUCUCAGUGAGUGUUUCUAAUAUCAAGACCAAGAUAUCAGGAUACGAAAUCUGAAUGACGUGACUGUGAUAUUUUUCGUCGUUGUCCUCGUCGUAGAGUUACAAUGUGUCAGUGAUGUUAUCUUGGGUACCAAAAGAUGAAAUCCCUCACCCCGGGGGCCCCUCUCUGACUGCCCCACGCCACGAGAGAGGAGGUAAAUCAGGUACACGGCGGCCAUGGUCAAUGGGAGGCCCAGUGCUGGCUGCCCACAAGGACCCCACCCCUGAGGAGCAGAAAUCCCACACUGCGGCUGGCCAGACUCGAACCUAGCUCCUUGGGUACCAAUCUACCAUCCCACAACCAACCGUGCUACGCCCGGGGGCAUCAGUGAUGUUAUCUUGGAAUGCAUUUCUCGUGGACUUGGUGAAGGAGGAGAUGGGAAGAGUCCUUGUUUUGGACUCCAUAACCAAUGGAGAUUCAUGGAGGGGCGUUGACAUGCUCAUCUUCAAUACCUGGCACUGGUGGCUUCACAAGGGCAACAGACAACCAUGGGACUACAUUAGGGUAGGGAACACAACAUACAAAGACAUGGAUCGGCUGGCCGCCUUUAAGCUGGGGCUGAGCACCUGGGCCAGGUGGGUGGACUCCAACACUGAGCCAGCCAUCACACAGGUCUUCUUCCAAGGCAUUUCCCCAACCCAUUACAACGGGGAGGAAUGGAAUGCAUCCGGUUCAACAACCUGCAAAGGCCAAACUCAACCACUGACCGGUUUGGUAUAUCCCGGGGGUCCGCUGCCCACGGUGGCAGUGGUGAAGGAGGUGAUGGGAAACAUGUCAACUCCGGUGAGUUUGCUGGACAUAACAACGCUCUCACAGCUGAGGAAAGAUGGGCAUCCCUCAAUUUACGGCAGCGGCGGGGACAAGGGAAACGACUGCAGCCAUUGGUGUCUUGCCGGUGUUCCUGACACUUGGAAUCAACUCUUGUAUGCAACUCUUGUUGCUACUGGUUGAUUAUCAGAAACCACACACACUCUAACCAAACAAUGAAAGAAAGAUUUUCGUGUGAUUUACAAAUUAUUGUACGAGAAUUUAUUUAAUGUACAUUCAAAAGACAGUGAUUGUAAGUCUUCGUCGAGAAAAAAGGCCACGAAUCAUAGGAAUGGUGAAACCUAUUUACUUCAUCUAGUAUCAAAAGGGAGCUUCUCAGGAAGAGAGAGAGA